AUGCCUGGUAAAUGUGAUACUAUUUGCGAAGCAGUUGAUAAGUUUCAGGUAGUUUAUCCGUUACUACCAAAUUUUCUAAAAAAUUCCUGGAACCAUCCUGCUGGUCCAAAGACAAUAUUUUUUUGGGCACCAACAAUAAAAUGGUGUUUAGUUCUGGCUGGUAUAGCUGAUAUGUUGCGACCCGCAGAAAAGAUCAGUCUUUUCCAGAAUUUGGCACUUUUCGCUACUGGGAGUAUUUGGGCGCGUUACAGUUUCGCCAUUAAACCAGUAAAUUACAACCUCGCAAGCGUAAAUGUAUUCCUCUGUCUAGUAGCCACGUUUCAACUAAUCAAACUAAGCCUUUAUGGAGUUAGUUUCACACUUUGUUUGAUUUACUGUUUCCAAUAA